AUGUCCUACGCUAACGCUGCCAAGGGCACCACCGUUUCUAAAGCCACUUCCAAAGCAGAAUCAGGGGAAACUAGUCUCACGACUGACAUCUCUCCCUCUGGAGACGCUGCUAGCUUGCCUGUCGUGACCGCUGAAGCCACUAACGGUUCAGUGGACGAUUCCACCUCAUCGCAUGAGCGUGAUACGACCCUUGCCCCGAAAAAGAAAACUUUUGCCCCAGCCCCUGUACCCGAAAAGUCGGCUUGGGGUGCUCCAGUCGGUCUGGUGGCCACUUCUGGUCUUAUUGACAGUUCCAAAUGGCCGACUCCCGAUCAAGCGGUUACUGAACCAGUGAAGCCUCUGGGCCCCAAGCUCGCUAAACUGGACUCGCUGACGAAGUGGGUACCAAUCCCCGUUAAGGUUACUAUGUCGCAGUCUCGAGGACCUUUGGCGAAACCCGCUCGGACUCGGAAAAAGGCUUUGAAGCCGAAGGCGAAAAAGGAUGAAGCUAGUCCCAAUCCUGAAAAUGUGGAGCUUGAGGGUCUGGUGGGUGACGACUCGUCAGCUGAUUUGUCGCUGGCUUCUCAUUCUACAGAUGACGGCCAACUUGGAUCUGGUUACAAGUACAACACUAACUUCAAACCUUUCCGAAAAUUCAACAAUGGGGUGGCCACCAAUGGUCAACAUUCUUUUCAGAAGCGCUUUCCCAACCAAAACUCUGGCUACUACCACCCUCAAUCUUACUACAAUGGGCUGAAAUCCUCUUAUCGGCAAACCACUCUGGCUGGUCGUGGCACUAAACAACCUAACACUCGAUACUUUGGCAAUGGGGGAUUUCGUGGACAAGGUGGUUACAUGCCUGCCCCUGCCAUGGGCCCCACUAUCCCCCCAGUCCUUUCUCCGAAACAGAAUCCUCUGGAAGCUCUUCAACGCCAGAUUGACUACUACUUCAGUUUAGAAAACUUGAUACGUGACAUAUACCUUCGGAAGAAUAUGAACUCUGAUGGUUGGGUUCCCUUGGAUCUCAUAUUGAAGUUCAAGCGGGUCAAGAUCAUCGUGUCUCUGUUAGAAGAGGGACUCACGAGUGAGGCUGAAUCACAAGACGUCUGCGAAGCUAUCGUGGACGCUGUGACUAAGUGUCAAAAUUUGGAUGUGCAGUUCACUGAUGGCACUAACGCCGAAACAGCAAAAAUUACCAACGUACAAUUGCGUGUCAAAGAUAAUUGGCAGCAAUGGGUGAUGCCUGAGGAUGCUCCACAAAGAUAA